UCCAGCCUCCUCCCCGCGCGGUAGUUCUGCGCGCCGCCGCCGCCGCCGCCGCUGCCGCACCUGCCACCAUGUCGCCGCCGCGGGGUCAUGUCUGACUCUCUCUGGACCGCGCUUUCCAAUUUCUCGAUGCCCUCCUUCCCCGGCGGCAGUAUGUUCCGCCGCACCAAGAGCUGCCGCACUAGUAACCGGAAAAGCCUCAUCCUGACAAGCACUUCGCCAACGCUGCCGCGGCCCCACUCCCCAUUGCCAGGCCACUUAGGUAGCAGUCCCCUGGACAGCCCCCGCAACUUCUCUCCCAACACCCCAGCCCACUUCUCAUUUGCCUCCUCCCGAAGGGCUGAUGGACGUCGCUGGUCGCUGGCCUCACUCCCUUCCUCUGGCUAUGGCACCAACACACCCAGUUCCACUGUGUCGUCCUCCUGUUCCUCCCAGGAGCGUCUGCAUCAACUGCCCUACCAGCCCACGGUGGACGAGCUGCACUUCCUUUCCAAACACUUCGGCAGCACUGAGAGCAUCACGGACGAGGAUGGCGGCCGCCGCUCCCCGGCGGUGCGGCCCCGCUCGCGGAGCCUCAGCCCCGGCCGCUCUCCCUCCUCCUACGACAAUGAAAUCGUGAUGAUGAACCAUGUGUACAAGGAGCGGUUCCCCAAGGCCACCGCACAGAUGGAGGAGAAGCUGCGGGACUUUGCCCGCGCCUACGAACCUGACAGCGUGCUGCCGCUGGCGGACGGCGUACUCAGCUUCAUCCACCACCAGAUCAUCGAGCUGGCACGGGACUGCCUGACCAAGUCCCGCGACGGGCUCAUCACCACCGUCUACUUCUAUGAACUACAGGAGAACCUGGAGAAGCUAUUGCAGGACGCCUAUGAACGCUCCGAGAGCUUGGAGGUGGCCUUUGUCACUCAGCUGGUGAAGAAACUGCUCAUUAUCAUCUCUCGCCCAGCUAGGCUUCUAGAGUGCCUGGAAUUCAACCCUGAGGAGUUCUACCACCUACUGGAGGCAGCAGAGGGACAUGCCAAGGAGGGCCACCUCGUCAAGACUGACAUCCCCCGAUACAUCAUCCAUCAGCUGGGCCUCACCCGGGACCCCUUUCCUGAUGUGGUACAUCUGGAGGAACAGGACAGUGGUGGCUCUAACACACCAGAGCAGGACGACAUCUCUGAGGGUCGCAGUGGCACCGCCAAGGCCAAGAAGCCACCUGGAGAGAAUGACUUUGACACCAUUAAGCUCAUAAGCAAUGGUGCCUACGGGGCGGUCUAUCUGGUGCGGCACCGAGACACACGGCAGCGCUUUGCCAUGAAGAAGAUUAACAAGCAGAACCUGAUCCUCCGCAAUCAGAUCCAGCAGGCCUUCGUGGAACGCGACAUCCUGACCUUCGCAGAGAACCCCUUUGUGGUCGGCAUGUUCUGUUCCUUCGAGACCCGCCGCCACCUCUGCAUGGUCAUGGAGUAUGUGGAAGGUGGUGACUGUGCCACCCUACUGAAGAACAUUGGGGCACUGCCUGUAGAGAUGGCCCGCAUGUACUUUGCAGAGACAGUGCUGGCACUAGAGUACUUGCACAACUACGGCAUUGUGCAUCGUGACCUCAAGCCAGACAACCUCCUCAUCACUUCCAUGGGCCACAUCAAACUCACGGAUUUUGGCCUCUCCAAGAUGGGGCUCAUGAGCCUGACCACCAACUUAUAUGAAGGUCACAUAGAGAAGGACGCCCGGGAGUUCCUGGACAAACAGGUGUGUGGGACCCCAGAGUACAUCGCACCCGAGGUCAUCCUGCGCCAGGGCUACGGCAAGCCAGUGGACUGGUGGGCCAUGGGGAUCAUACUCUACGAGUUCCUGGUUGGCUGUGUGCCUUUCUUUGGGGACACCCCAGAAGAGCUCUUUGGACAAGUUAUCAGUGAUGACAUCCUGUGGCCCGAGGGGGAUGAGGCCCUGCCUACAGAUGCCCAGCUUCUGAUAUCUAGCCUUCUGCAGACCAACCCCCUGGUCCGGCUUGGGGCAGGUGGUGCCUUUGAAGUGAAGCAGCAUAGUUUCUUCCGAGACCUGGAUUGGACAGGGCUGCUGAGGCAAAAGGCCGAGUUCAUCCCCCACCUAGAGUCAGAAGAUGACACCAGCUACUUUGACACCCGGUCAGACAGGUAUCACCAUGUGAACUCCUAUGAUGAGGAUGACACCACCGAGGAAGAACCUGUGGAGAUCCGCCAGUUCUCCUCUUGCUCUCCCCGCUUCAGCAAGGUGUACAGCAGUAUGGAGCAGCUGUCACAACAUGAGCCCAAGACCCCCGUAUCAACAUCGGGGGCGACCAAGAGGGAGCCAAGCGCCAAGGGCUCAGAGGAGAAGGUAGCCGGCAAGCGGGAGGGACUGGGUGGCCUGACUCUGCGAGAGAAGACCUGGAGAGGGGGCUCCCCAGAGAUCAAGCGCUUCUCCGCUUCCGAGGCCUGUUUCUUGGAGGGGGAGGCCAGUCCUCCGUUAGGAGCGCGCCGACGUUUCUCGGCGCUGCUGGAGCCCAGCCGCUUCAAUGCUCCUCAGGAGGACGAAGAUGAAGUCCGGCUCCGCAGGCCUCCCCGGCCCAGCUCCGAUCCUUCAGGCUCACUGGAGACGCGAGCCCCCAAAGAGACGGCUCAAGAAGGCACCCCCACGGCUGGGGACCCCGAGACCACUGAGCACACAUGCCCAGGUGACCUCUGCACACUCUCAAAGGAUGGGGAUCCAUCAGGCCCUAGGGCCACCAAUGACCUAGUUCUGCGAAGGGUGCGCCACCAGCAGCUGUCUGGAGAUCCUUCGGUGGAGAAGCGACCUUCUCGAACUGGGGGCAAAGUUAUCAAGUCAGCCUCAGCGACUGCCCUAUCCGUCAUGAUUCCUGCAGUGGACCCACAUGGAAGCUCACCCCUUGCUAGUCCCAUGUCCCCUCGAUCCCUUUCCUCCAACCCAUCCUCGAGGGACUCUUCACCCAGCCGGGACUACUCACCUGCUGUCAGUGGCCUCCGUUCCCCAAUCACCAUCCAACGCUCAGGCAAAAAAUACGGCUUCACGCUGCGUGCCAUCCGCGUCUACAUGGGCGAUUCGGAUGUCUACAGUGUUCACCACAUUGUUUGGCAUGUGGAGGAAGGGGGCCCAGCCCAAGAGGCGGGUCUCUGUGCUGGGGACCUCAUCACGCACGUGAACGGCGAGCCGGUGCAUGGCAUGGUGCAUCCUGAGGUGGUAGAGCUGAUCCUUAAGAGCGGCAACAAGGUGGCUGUGACCACGACACCCUUCGAAAACACCUCCAUCCGCAUUGGGCCCGCCAGGCGCAGCAGCUACAAAGCUAAAAUGGCUCGGAGGAACAAGAGACCCUCGUCUAAGGAUGGCCAGGAGAGCAAGAAACGCAGCUCCCUCUUCCGGAAGAUCACAAAACAGUCAAACCUGUUGCAUACUAGCCGCUCGCUCUCCUCGCUGAACCGGUCCCUGUCGUCCAGUGAUAGUCUCCCCGGAUCACCCACGCACGGACUACCGGCGCGCUCGCCCACGCACAGUUACCGCUCCACGCCUGACUCCGCCUACCUAGGCGCCUCCUCCCAGAGCAGCUCCCCAGCCUCCAGCACUCCCAACUCCCCCGCGUCCUCGGCGUCGCACCACAUCCGACCCAGCACCCUGCAUGGGCUGUCACCGAAGCUCCACCGCCAGUACCGCUCUGCGCGCUGCAAGUCAGCCGGCAACAUCCCGCUGUCGCCACUGGCGCACACUCCAUCCCCGACGCAGGCGUCGCCGCCACCGUUGCCGGGCCACACCGUGGGCAGUUCGCACACCACGCAGAGCUUCCCAGCCAAAUUGCACUCGUCACCGCCGGUCGUGCGCCCGCGCCCCAAGAGUGCAGAGCCGCCGCGCUCGCCGCUGCUCAAGCGAGUGCAGUCGGCAGAGAAGCUGGGGGCCUCACUGGGCGCAGACAAGAAGGGCGCACUGCGCAAACACAGCCUCGAGGUGGGCCACCCGGAUUUCCGCAAGGACUUCCACGGCGAGCUGGCUCUGCAUAGCCUAGCCGAGUCCGACGGCGAGACGCCUCCCAUCGAGGGUCCUGGAGCGUCCCGGCAAGUCACAAUGCGACGCCUGGGCCGCCAGGAAUCGCCCCUAAGCUUGGGUGCGGACCCGUUGCUCCCUGAGGGCGCGCCCAGGCUAAUGGCGUCAAGCAAGGAGAAGGAGUCUCCGGGAGGCGUGGAGGCCUGCACUCCACCUCGCGCAACAACCCCCGGGAGCCGGACCCUGGAGCGGGAUUCCGGCUGCACGCGGCACCAGAGCGUGCAAACUGAAGACGGCCAAGGCGGGGUGGCUAGGGCAGUGGCCAAGGCGGCGCUUAGUCCGGUGCAGGAACACGAGACCGGCCGGCGCAGUAGCUCGGGCGAGACAGGCACACCCGUGGUGCCCAUUGUUGUGGAGCCCACGCGGCCAAGGGUGAAGGCCCAGGCGCUCCAGCCUCUGGGCACAGACUCCAAGGGAUUGAAGGAACCUGUACCCCUGGUGCCUCUGGUGCCUGAUGCCCCAAGGGGCCGGGAGCGCUGGGUGCUGCAGGAGGUAGAGGAGCGGACCACGCUGAGCGGGCCACGCUCCAAGCCUGUUUCCCCCAAACUCUCCCCGGAUCCCCAGACUCCCACUCUAGCCCCAACAAAAAAUGUGUCGGGAAAUGCAGGCCCUCCAGCUCCACCCACUUCCCUCCGGGAAGUGGGGCUCACCUCCGGAUCCCCUGUUGAGGCUGUGACUCCAGUAGGCCUGACCAAAAAAGGGGCACCCAGCAUCGCACCCUCAGGCCCGUAGCUGCGCAGGUCCUGUGCUGUACAACCGCCUAUAUAUAUGUAUACAUAUAAAUAAAGUGCAUUCGUGCUUCAUGA